ACCGGACCGGAUGGCGACAGAAUCCGAAUCGUUGCCCAGCCACGACAGCUCCCUGAGUCGCCCCAGACAAACAAAUGGAGAUUAUGCGACUUUAGUCGAUGGUUUGAUGGCACUGCUCAAGGUGCGCUCGCCCCCAGCGGAAAACUCUCGUGAAAAAUUCGAACAUUUUUGAAAAUUGUGAAAACCAAAAGCUACAAAGCGGCGUCAUGUACUGCAGCAGCCGACUGCUCAGAUACGUUCUGUGUGUCAUCAGUGGCAUUUGCGCCCUGGGUGGCUGCCUGCUCAUCUGGUAUGGCGCCUGGCUGCUGGAGAGCCUCUCCGAGGAGCAGAGAGUGAAGGGCCUGGAUCACGGCGAGGACCUGGCCGCCGUGCUGUGCAUCCUCCUGGGCACCGUCGUCAUAGUGGGCAGCAUCUUUGGCCUCGUGGCGGUGGGCAAGGACUCCAGGAGCCUGUUGAUCUGUUAUGCAGUGCUGCUGGUCUUACUACUGAUAGUUCAGUUUGUGAUGGUCACCAUAAGUUACGGCGCCAGUCGGGAGUCUCUUCCGAAUUCAUUGAGACAGGGAUUCGACGACCUGUGGGACGAGGAGCACGAUGGCAAUAGCACACUGAACACUUACGAGGAGUGGCUACACUGCUGUGGGCGUAAUAGUGCCGAGGACUAUCUCCUCCUGGACAAGAUGCCUCCCUCGAGCUGUUGUCUCAAUCAGGACUGCACGAAUGUCCUGAAUCUCUUUAUGAACGGUUGCGAAAACGAGUUUAAGGAGUAUGUCAGCGGAAAGACCGCCAACUUCCACUCCCUAAGUUGGUUUCUGAUACUCUUCGAGUUUGCCGGCUCGGUGACCACCUGCUACCUGGCGGACAGCAUUCGCAAUCAUCGCGACCGCAUACGAUUCUAUAAUUAAAUUAGUUUUAGGUGUUUUGCACGAGCCGUAUUAUCGUUAUUCGUUGUGAGUAAUUUCCUAGCCACAGGGCCCUGGCGAAUUGUGAUUGUAGUUUACGAUGAUUAAUCAAGUUAGGCUACUAGAGAUACCCAGUAUUCAUUCAUAAAACUAUAAACUGGCACCCACGCCUACAAAUAGCUGGAAAGGAAAAUAAAUGAAACCCGUUGCCAUUGACAAAA